AUGGUAGACUCGAGCGCACCUCUCCCGUGGGGCGCGCCGGCGGGACUGGCGCCACGCGGCCGCCGACACGACGAGAACCUGCUCAUCUGCCGGCGUGCCGUGGGGAUCAUCGGCUCCCCAUCCUCUGACGACGACAGGGGCCUGGAGGAGGGGCAGAAGCGGGGAGGCGUGUGCGGGGCGGUGGUGCGGGCGCAGGGCCGGAAGCGGGUGCGGCACGUGUUGCUUGACGGGCUGCUCUACGGGAGCCACCUGGCGCAGGUGGUGGUUGGGGCGGCGCUGACGGCGCUGGGGCCCGAGGCCGGGAGGGAUGCUGUGCUGAUCACGGUGCUGGGGGCGGUUAAUACGGUGGUUGCGGGGGUGCUGGCGCUGGUUAAGGGGCAGGGCUUGCCUGAGAGGCUGAAGAAGGAUGAGGCCGAGUUUAGGAAGCUGAGGGACUGGAUUGAGGAGACGGAUGCGCUGCUUGCUGCUGGGGUGGUGGGUCGCGAUAGGGGAGAGAUUGGGUGUCUGGUUGAGUUGGUGUUUAAGAAGUAUAAUGCUGCCAAGGCGGGUGAGGAGAAUAACAGAUCGGAAAGUUGCGUCCAGCAGGGUGUCGAUGCCGAGUCGAGGGAUUCGAAUUGGGGAAAGUGAUGGUGCCGCGGCUAGGGGUGUUCAUUCGGAGUCCUACCCUUCCCCAUUAAUAUUCCUGGGGGGACGAAAGGGGGGAAUGAUAGGGG